AUGAACGUUCUUCAUAAUGAUUCUGAUGGGAGCGUCGGUAAUGACAGCGACCUGUCACAGUCUUCAAUUUCCCUGAAACUUCAAAUUGGUAUGACGUUUGCUUACGUCAUCAUCUUUAUCAUCUCUCUGGUAGGAAACGCUCUAAUGAUUUACGUCAUACACAAGACGCCUCGACUCAGAACUACGACCAACCUAUUGGUGGCUAAUAUGGCUGUAGCUGACGUAAUUAUCACAUUUUUCGCUGUGCCUUCAACUGUGAUGUACUUAUAUCUACAGCAUAUUUGGUUAUCUGGCGUGAUUGGUGAUAUCACUUGCAAGGUCGUGCAAUAUGGCUUGACAUUGUCAAUAGCUGCCUCUGUUCUCACACACAUACUGAUUGCGAUCGACCGUUUCAUCUGCGUUGUGUUUCCUUUCAAACGCGUCACAUUCUUUAAGAAAGUUAGACCGAGCUACGUAUUAACCUGGUGUGCUUCGUUGCUUCUAAUGAGUCCGCAUCUGGUUGUUUACGACAGCGCAAAGCUACCAAACGGUAAGAGCUACUGCACAGUAAGCCGGCUUGAAUAUCUGUACUUUCUUGAGAUUUAUUAUGUCUUGGUGUUUGUAACGCUCUAUUUGAUUCCAUUGCUGUUCAUUGCAACACUAUACGCGUUUAUCUGCCGAAAGCUAUGGAGGCAUAAAGUACCAGGAGUACGCUCCCCUGACCUUAUUCUUAAGAGAGAAUUCCAAAACAAGAACACCGUCAAAAUGCUUAUCAUUCUGGUAAUAGCAUUCACAUUGUGUUGGCUACCAGUUCACGUCGUACAUCUACUGGAGUAUUUUCGGCCUGAAUUACAUUUGCCUCAUGUGGCAUUACUUUUGUCCUUCUGGGCCUGUCACUCCCACAGCGCAAUCAAUCCAUUACUGGUUGUAUUUCUUAAUGGAUUGUACAGAAAAGAAUGUCAAGAGAAAAUUAACAAGAAAUUGGCCAGCUUAUCAAUCAAGAGAAGUACAGGAACAAAUAUAGUUUUAGCUCCACAAAUGAGAACUGCAAUAUCCCGAGCGCCAUCACCACAGGCCUUAGGAUAACUAUGACCGGAGGUACACACGGACGUUUGGGUAGUUGGGUG